AUGAAAGAAAUUUGGGAUCCUAAAAAAAUUGCUGCGAGCAUAACGAGAGAAAUCCAGGCAUUAGCUGUACUUUUCCAAGUCUGCUUGUUUCUCUUCGGCGGUAUUUUGGGCAUUUCUUUGCUCUUAAUUCUGCUGUUAAAUGAAUACACCAGAAUUUUAGCUGUCCUCUACAUCGGCUGGGCCUUUAUUUUAAACUCUCGAACGCCAUCUCGAGGAGGCUAUCCACAGGCGUUACAGAUAGUGAGAAGAUGGAAUAUGUGGAGGUACUAUUGCGACUACUUCCCUAUUCAGUCGGUGAAAACGACGGAUUUAGAUCCAAAAGAUAAUUACAUCUUCUGCUACCAUCCACACGGGAUCAUGGGCUUGGGAGCACAGGGCAACUUCUGCGGGGAGGCAACCGGCUUCUCAGAAAAGUUCCCAGGGAUUUAUCCUCAUCUUCUGACGCUCUCAAUGAAUUUCAACGUCCCCUUUAUUCGAGAGUACACCCUAUCAGCGGGGGUGUGUUCUGUUGACAAGGGCAGUAUCGAAUAUAUUUUGACGAAAAUGGGCCCUGGACAUUCAGUCAUUAUUGUUGUCGGUGGAGCUGCCGAAGCGUUGGAAGCAAGACCUGGCAGCGUCAAAUUAACGCUAAAGGAAAGGAAAGGAUUCAUAAAACUUGCGUUAAGUAAUGGGUAAGGUUAAAAAUCGAUGUAACCUAAAUUUUGUGUAAGUUUGGCACUUUUACCCCUUUUAAUGUGAUGACGAGUUUUUAGUAGCCUAAUCUAAACUUUUGUUGUACACGCAUGCCUGUAAGUCUGCCAAUUUCGAACUUCUUGACUUAGCCCAAAUUUUAGGUUAGUUACCAUGGAAACUAAUAGGCUUUUUUUUUUCAGUUGAGCAAAGAUUAAAUCUAAAUGAGUCUUGGGGCAUCAUUCCUCUUCUAAAAAUUCCUGCGGGAAACUGUUAACAAACUUUUUAGAUCAGUAUGGCUUUGUGUCGUUACGCAAUGCUGUGAGGAAGAACGUUGCGUGACAACACAAAGAAGAUCUCUGAAAGCAGACUGGUAUAUGGCGCGUCAUGUAUCUUUCAUUCUCUUUCCUCUUCCAAAAGUUCUUUCAGUAAACUUUUAACCAGCUUUACAUCGGCGCUGUGUUAUGUACCUUUGCAGAGGAAAGCAACAAUCUAGCAACAAUUGUUUUUAUUUCAGAGCCUCCCUGGUUCCAGUGUUUUCCUUUGGAGAAAAUGACCUGUAUGACCAAGUAAGUAACCCGGCUGGGUCAUCCCUGCGUCAGUGGCAAACAAAGAUGAAAGAAUACACAAGGGUAUCACCAGUUCUCUUCUAUGGCCGCGGGUUUGGACUACUACCUCACAGAAGACCUAUUCACACUGUGUGUAAGUUAAAAAAUAAAAUAUAGUGGAGAAUGCGUGCUGUGGUGCAAUCAUUGGGAGAAAGAAUCUAGGAUUAGUAUUUUGAUCUCAGAUACUUUGGUUACUUUACAACAAAAUGCAUGUGUCAACCGAGGUAAGAGAAUUAGGAUUCCGGUAUCCAGGAAAGUUUUGCUUGUGGAAUCCGCAAUCUUUGGCUUUGGAAUCCAGAGUACAGCUUAAGAAAUCCGGAAUCCCACAAAAGAUUGGAAUACGGGAUUCAAUUUCCAAUUACAAAGACUGGAAUCCACGGCGUGGAAUCCAGAAUCUAAGACUGUCUUGAAUUCCCUUACAAGGGGCGAAACGUGCCAGCGAUAUUGGCGCUAACCGGUAGUUCAUUAUUUUUUUACCAUGUUUGCUCUGUACUUUGCUCCUGCGGUAGCUCAAAGUUCAUUAAGAAUCAUAAGCUUAGGGGGGCUAAUAUUAGUGUUAUUUUAGGGCAUUAUCGUGAUGUAAAUCACUAUUUAUUUAAAAUAAGCUUAGGGGGGCUAAUAUUAGUGUUAUUUUAAGGCAUUAUCGUGAUGUAAAUCACUGUUUAUUUUUCUUUCUUUUCCAGUUGGUGCACCUUUGAAAGUCGAUAGAGUCGAGAAUCCUACAAAUGAGGAGGUAGAUAAUCUUCAUUCGCUCUAUGUUACAGCGUUGAGGGAAUUGUUUGACAAACACAAGAAGAAUUAUGGAAUCGCUGAAGACGUACAUUUGGACAUCUGUUGA